AUAUUACGUUGAAUUUGCAUUUGGACUAAAAAUUAUGGCCAGCGGACAAAAUAACGACGGGUGCAGCUUGUGCGAGAAAAUAGGCUUGAAGCCGCUCACCAAAGAAAACGUGUUCAACUACUACAUACCACUGCAUGGGCUGGUCAGCUAUGGAGCUCUAUCGGUCAAUGUUAUGAACCCUCAGAUUGUGCCCAAGCUGUUGCCGAAAAAGGACCUUACUAAUGUGUUCUUGAUUUCGUCUGCGGUAGGCACGGGUUUCUACAUUUACGGUCGUCCCCACCUGAAGGACGUCAAGUCGAACAAGCGCCUGGCGUAUGCAGCCCUCGGCGGCGUUCUGUUCAGUAUGGGGUCAGUGCUGGCCUGGGCCCUACUAAAAUCAUCUCUAGCUGAAAAUAAUGCUCUUCUCGCCACUUUGGUUGGACUGGGAACCGGCGCCGUCAUUGUGAAGGUCGGCACCGAAUACAUUAAAGACAUUGAUAAUCUGAAGAAAAACUAAGAGAUGACUCCGGAUAUGUGAAGAGUAGAUGUGAGCCGCAUAUUUGAAUAAAAUUAUGUAUUAAACUCGAA